AUAUUAAUUAUUAUAACCAUAAGCUUAGGAUUAUCUACCGUUAUAGCCUUAGCUUCUUAUUUAUUAGGAGAAACUUCACCUGAUAAAGAAAAAGUUUCAGUUUAUGAGUGUGGUUUUACCCCUUAUGAUAACCCAGGAAACCCAAUUUCUGUAAGGUUCUUCUUAAUAGGGAUACUAUUUCUAGUUUUUGAUUUAGAAAUAUCUCUCUUGUUCCCCUGAUCUAUUACUUCUUACGCCACAUCUCUUUGGGGAGUUUGAAUAAUAUUUAGUUUUUUAUUAAUUCUUACUUGAGGUUUAAUAUAUGAAUGAAUUCAAGGAGGCUUAGAAUGGGAAUAA